CACACAGGAGUGAUCUCCAUGGAAACCAUUACAGUGGAUUCAGACUCGAAGACUGAUCUGAUAUCCGUGGAUUUGGGAACUGGGUCAAGAUCACCUGCUGAGAAAAUCACCAUGCAUGCUGAUGAUGGCUCCUACAACGUCGCAUGGACAGUUUCCAUCGCAAUAGCUGUCCCAAAAGGAGAAGAGGAGGAGGUGAUUCAUGUAGCUGCUGAAAAGACCGUGAAAAAGCACAAGGUCCAACCCAUCCUGUCCCCUUUUAGAAAUGAAACCCCCACAACUCAGACCUACUAUCAUAUUGAGUACAAUCUGCUGCCAGGCGACAAAGAGCCAGUCAAAGUGGACGUAGUAAUGUUUGGACCAGCUGCAAAAAUAUACCAAGGGAAAAAGUGUAAGAUUUUGAGACCAUGGCAUGAAGGAGAUCGGACGUGGGUUGGCUGGACUCAGUCUUUCCAUGUCAGGGUCAACAGAGAAUUGUUGAUCAAACUACUUUCUCAUAAAAUCUGGCUCCGCAUCUCGAACAGCAGAGACAAAGUGUCCAGCAGGGCUCGGCACCACAGAGUCAACGACUUCAGACUACUACAGACUCAACCUGGUGAUAUCAAGGACAUGGUGUGCAGGCUGAGAGCUUCCUUUGAGAGGGAGAACUCAAAAACAUUAAAAAAGCACAAAGAUGGCAAAGCGUGGAGACACAACACUGUGAUGGGCACAACAACAGCGGGUCCUGAAGCCUCAGUGUUAGAGCCAGCAGCCAGUGUGAAGAUGCCAUCAUCCACUGCUAUGAACCCAAGGUCCAUCACUGGAGUGCAACAGGACUCAGCUGAAGGAAUUACUAAACCUCGCAAACCUCAAAAACAUCAGCAGAAUCACCCCUCAUCAACUCCUUUAGUGGAUGUAAACAUGGCUGCACCUGAGAAAAGAACUUUCCAGAAUGCUGCAGACGCUGAGAGUAUCAAAAAGAAUGACACUGCUUCAGUGGAAAUCAGUCCGAUUAAGUUGUUGGCAGAUGAAAUCUCAUUUACUGACUGCUUCUCUAUCUGCUCAUCUGGAGUAUAUGAGGCCAUAUGCAACAUCUCUCUGGACAGACCAUUAAUAUCUGAUGAACUGAAGGCUGACCUGAAUCCUCUGGUCAUCACUAUUUUGUCAGCUAACUCAAUGCCCUCAUCUCCAGUCCCUUUUGAUGUCCUAAAGGAGAAAUGCCAGCCUGUGUAUUGCCAGUAUAAGUUCCACAACUUGAAAACGCACAGGACAAAUUAUCAAAAGCACGGUGACAAGGUCUACUUCAAUGACGUGAAUGUGAUUCUGACUGGCUUGAUGAACCCUGAAGAACUGCAGGAAUUCCUCGAAGGUCCUCCACUGGAGAUAGAAAUUCAUGAUCGCGACAAGAGGUUGGAGGAACCAUCCAGAGGUUCUGCAAUGCUUGGCCUAGGGCGAGAUGACAACAAGCUGACUAAUGCAGCAGCGGUUGGUUGCACACACACCAUUCAAAAUCCCUUGAAACAGAAUACAAAGAUACAUAACCAUUACGGUAUUGCCAGUCUCGACCUCUCCAACCUGAUGAUUGGGCAGAGGAGCCUCAAGCUACACUUGCCGAUCAAAUGCUCCCCGCCACCUCAGCUGCUGGAUAGGGAGAUAAAUGUUUGGAAAAGGAAGAUGCUGAACAGACUAGCUGCUGCUUAUGGAUCCAGUGCCCAGCCCAUGCCCCAGGGCCAUUACUAUGAUGCCCCCUCUGAACUCAAAGUCAAGAUUGACAUAGCGUGCCCACUCAAGUUUAAGGGGUAUAGUUUCGAUUCAGACUCUUCAGACCAUCCGUUUGGACGCAUCAUCUACCUCUUUGGUUACAGCAAUGUCUCCGUGAUGAGGAAGCUGCGGUCGGAGAUUCUGAGUAUAAAUGCGGCAGCUUUCGAUCUAAGCUCUCACCCCCUGGAAACGAUUGAGGGAGUCCUAUCACAUUACAAAAUGAAUUCGAAACAAAAGGAGAGCAAGGAUCUGGAUUUUGUUACAGGAUUCCACAUGCUAGAUAAGAGGAUACACAUCUUUGUUCUCGAGGGGCUCAAAAACAAAGCAGUGAAAAGACUCUGGGAGACAGUUUGUAUAAAGCUAAGUGGGAGUGAGGAGGAGCAGGUGAUCGUCCUCUACAACCCGGGCCUGAGUUUCUUCAGGCGCAUCUAUGACACAUUAGAUAUGAGCCUGAGACCUGUCCAUCUUUGUGAGUCACUGGAGACCAUCAUGAGGCAGCCAUUGGUCUAUGUCAGAGGCAUGGUCUCUCAGCCCUGCUUCCAAGCUCUGUCACGAUUAAACCAGCUGUGUAAAACGAGGCUACUCAAAGAAGCACUGCAGUAUAACCUGUUCCCCUCAGCUGACAUGGUUCUCAGCAUGAGCAAGGAAUUUGGCUUAGCUCCUGGGCAGUGGGAGCAAGAACUCAAAGCAAACACUCAGGAUGAAGUAGACACGUCCUCAUCUGCUCUGCCCACGUCCAAGAGAAGAUACAUACCACUUGACACACACAACAGGGAGUACAUCGAAAGGAAGGAAUCCAUGCUUCAGCAGCAACAGUCCAAGGACUUCAUUGAGGCCAAUAUUAAAGAGGUGCAGGAGGCAAGUGCACUGUUGGAGAAGCCAAAGGCUCCUGUAUUGAGUAUUGAGCAGCCUGAAGACAAGCCAGUUCAUAACUACAGCAUCCAGACUUUCAACUCCAGUGAACAGACUAAGGAACUGCUGUGCAAGGAGAUGGCCAAGUCUCCAGGUCAGAGGUUCACCUACUGUCAGCAGUACCACAGUGCCACUGUGGAGCCAGGGGACGUGACUUCUAAAAAUGAACCUCAAACGACUGCUACCCGCGCAAAAUGGGUCACAAGCACAUGCAGUGACAGCCCCAAUGAGCACCCUAAACAACCGGAUGAAGCUCGUGUGGCAGAGCUGUGGAAGCCAUGGAGAGAGAAUGUCCUGCACGCCAACACUUUGAAACCCACGCUGACGCGGGACACGUGGUGCUGGGACAAACGCUCCCAAGACUUUCAGCUCUACAGCAAACCCCCCCCUCUCUUCAGCCUGGCUCCUGUCACCAUUCACCUGGCAGGAGAGGCUUUGAAGCAGGAACAGCUCGAGGCCGCCAGGGCUCAGCACAAUCACAGGCUGAAGAUGCUGCCCCCAGGCAGCAGCAAGGGUCAAGUCCCUGCAUUCAAGUGUCACAUGGGAGGAAAUCUGGGAAAGUUUCAGGAAAUACUUAAAGAUAAACCCAUGAAGUAUUCACUGAGGAAACCAGGCAUGAUGCUGAAGCCUCUACCUGCACUGUCAGUGAUGAACUUGGGUGAUGAUGAGAAAAACAAAAGCACUGCUCUGGCUCCAGGCCCCUUCAUGGACCACAGUCUCAGCUUUAAAGACAACGCCAUUCCCAGACAUAACUCCAAGUACAAGCUUCAAAAUCCUGUGAGGAGCACUAGUUCCAGUACAAGUGGACAGCCUUGCCCCUGACAGAGGAGGAGGAGUAGUGUCCACAUUUUUCAGAGCCACGCUCCUUAUGUGAAGAUGCACACAGCAGCCGUCCCACCCCUCAAUGUCCCCG